AAAGGCCUUUCUGGGAGGAGGAGUCCCACUUUUUUGCAGAAUGACACGUGAAACUUUCCCGAGGAGUUGGUCGGGAUGUGCGCGCUGCGUUCAGUGGGUCUCUCCGUGAACCAGCGAGUGGAUCAGCGCGCGUCCCUCCUAUUUUUAGCCGUCUGCCCGAUGGGGGGAGACGGAGGGUCUUGAAGAAACCGCAGAGGAAGGUCUACACGGCGCCGCAAUGAGCUCGCAGCAGCCCCUGGAGUGACGGAGCGUACGGUUCCCCCCAGAAGUUCAGGCUUUGUUUCAGCGCAGCUCCGCUCCGAACAUUGCGCAGUGGCCGCUGGAGACGUUGCUGUGCGGCGCAAUGGCUGCCCACUGCGACACUUUGAGCGGAUACUUGCAGCAGUCGGACCACGGCUCCAACAGCGAGCGCAGCGCCGACUCGCCUCUCCCGGGAUCAGAGGAGGAUCUGAGCGGACCACAUCCGCUGCCAGAUCCGGAGUGGACCGAGGAGAGGUUCCGAGUGGACCGCAAGAAGCUGGAAGUUAUGUUGUUAGCUGCGUCUGAAGGGAGAGUCAACGGCGGCGAGGAUUUCUUUCAGAAGAUCAUGGAUGAGACCCAAACACAGAUAGCCUGGCCGUCCAAGCUGAAAAUCGGAGCCAAGUCCAAAAAAGAUCCACACAUAAAGGUCUGUGGAAAGCGAGAGAACGUGAGGGAAGCCAAAGACAGAAUAAUGUCCGUCCUUGACACCAAGAGUAACAGGGUCACUCUGAAGAUGGACGUUUCACACACGGAGCAUUCCCACGUAAUUGGCAAAGGUGGAAACAACAUCAAGAGAGUGAUGGAGGAGACCGGGUGCCACAUCCAUUUUCCAGACUCGAACAGGAACAACCAGGCAGAGAAGAGCAACCAGGUGUCCAUCGCAGGGCAGCCAGGAGGGGUGGAGGCAGCACGAGUGAAAAUAAGGGAGCUGCUCCCCCUCGUGCUGUCCUUCGAGCUGCCGGCCAUCAUGCAGGCCGACCCCAGCUCCCCCGCCGUGCAGCACAUCUCGCAGGCCUGCAACCUCACCGUCUCCUUCAAGCCCCCGACGCGGCUCUACCGGGCCACCGGGGUCGUGCGCGGCUCGCAGAACAACGCCAACGCUGUCAAGAGUGGCACAGCUUUGUUGCUGGAGCACCUGGCCGGCAGCUUGGCCAGCACCAUUUCGGUCACCACCCACCUGGACAUCGCGCCCCAGCACCACCUCUUCAUGAAGGGCCGCAACGGCAGCAACAUCAAGCACAUCACCCAGAGGACGGGGGCCCAGAUCCACUUCCCUGACCCCAACAGCCCCCAGAAGAAAUCCACCGUCUACAUCCAGGGCACCAUCGAGUCGGUGUGCCUGGCGCGGCAAUACCUAAUGGGUUGCCUGCCUCUGGUACUAAUGUUCGACAUUAAGGAGGACAUAGAGGUGGAGCCCCAGUGUAUCACCGCACUCAUGGAACAGCUGGACGUCUUCAUCAGUAUCAAACCAAAGCCAAAACAGCCCAGCAAGUCGGUCAUAGUCAAGAGCGUGGAGAGGAAUGCGGUGAACAUGUACGAAGCCCGUAAGUUCCUGCUGGGUUUGGAGAGCAACGGCGUGCUGUCGUCCUCCCCCUCUGCGGCUCUGAGUCCUGCUACCAACGGCCCGUCCCUCAUCUGUCCCGUCGGCCUGGAAAUCCUAGCCUCAGCUGGCCUGGGGCUGAGCAACCUGGGUUUCCUGGGUGCGACAGCUCCCCACUCGCUCGCCAGCUCCUCCGCCCCCAACACCGUCCUCAACAGCCUCAACUCCUCCAUGAGCCCCCUGCAGACCCCGAGCCCCAGCACUCCCACACCGCCCCCCUCCCUCUGGCCCAGUUCACUCACCAGCACCCAAGGCUUCUCUUCUUCGCUGAUGCUGCACCCUGCUACACAGGCAACCUUGAGUAGCAUCCUGCUGUCGGGCGUUCAGGGUUACACACAGAGCACUCCGUCCCCGCCACCCGGCCUCGCUCCUAUAGACAAGCAGCCCAAUGGGGUCCCUGACUGCACUAAGAGCCCCUGUCCUCUAAAUGGACAUGUCAAGCAUCCGGCCUCAGUCUACGGGAGGAUAGCAACGCUUGCAGAAACCGUUUUAAGUCCGACCCAAUGUGACCCCGUCCAGGAGGCCAGCGGGCACAACCCAUCAGAACCACGGUCGAGCAAGUCCAGCCCAGACGAAGGCUCAGACACGUUUGUGGAAGUGGGCAUGCCCAGGAGCCCCUCGCAUUCUGCCAACGGGAGCGAACUGAAACAGAUGCUGGCUUCGUGUAAGACGUCUUCGGGGAAGCGACAGGCUGUGGAGCUGCUGCAGGGCACCAAGAACUCCCAUCUGCAUUCAGACUGUCUGCUCUCAGACACGGAGUCCAGCUCGUCGGACAGCCCCGUGGCCGAUAAGAGGGCGCCGGGCAGCGAGAGGGCGGCUGAGAGGGCAGCGCAGCAGAGCGAGAGGGAGAGAAUCAGGCUGGCACCGCAGUCCUCCUUCGCCAGUAUGCAGGCUUUUGACUAUGAACAGAAAAAGCUAUUGGCAACCAAAGCUAUGUUGAAGAAGCCUGUGGUGACAGAGGUGCGGACCCCGACUAACACCUGGAGCGGCCUGGGCUUCUCCAAGUCUAUGCCGGCAGAGACCAUCAAGGAGCUGCGGAGAGCCAACCACGUGUCCUACAAGCCCAGCAUGACCACCACCUAUGAGGGCUCCCCGCUGUCCUUGUCCCGGUCCAACAGCAGGGAAUGCGUGGGGAACGGCAGCGACUCGGACAACUGGCGGGAGAGAAACGGCGGCGGCGCCGGCCUCGGGGGCCACGCCGAGUUCCCCUCGGCCGUCAGCAGUCCCAAGAGGAAACAGAACAAGUCGGCUGCAGAGCAUUACCUCAGCAGCAGCAACUACAUGGAUUGCAUCCCCUCGGUCACCGGCAGCAACGGCUGCAGCCUCAGCUCCUCGCUGAAAGGAUCGGACCUGCCCGAGCUCUUCAGCAAACUGGGUCUGGGGAAGUACACCGACGUCUUUCAGCAGCAGGAGAUCGACCUCCAGACAUUCCUGACUCUAACAGACCAGGACCUGAAGGAACUGGGCAUCACAACCUUCGGAGCGCGUAGGAAAAUGCUGCUCGCCAUCUCAGAACUGAACAAGAACCGGAGGAAGCUGUUUGAGCCGCCCAUCAGGUCCUCCUUCCUGGAGGGGGGAGCGAGCGGCCGCCUGUCGCGCCAGUUCCACCCAGACAUGGCCAGUGUGAGCGGGCGUUGGUAGACGGUCGCGGUCCAACAUCCAGUCUCUGUGCCUCAGCAGGUUUCAGUGGUUGUUCACCCUUUUUCAGUCAGAACUGAAUUAAGACCAAAUGUCGCUGCCAUAUAGUUCAAUAAACGCAAACAACUAAAAUGAUAAAAGCCAUAGUUUUGCCUGAAGUGCCAAUAGGAAAAAAAGGAUUCCUCACAUUUCUGAUGUUCAGUGUUCAUGUCUUAUGGAGUCAUUUAGUUCUUUUGGGCCUUUGUGUAUGAAGGUCACUGAUACGGUUCUGAAGGGUACUGUCCAGUAUUUCUGUCCAUUUCUUGUUCAAAGAAACCAGUAGAAUGAUUAGUGAAAUCAUUUUACGCACUGAUGCCGCCUGCAUCCACUCAUGCUGUUGUAUCAGUGACAUGCACUUUAUAAAACGAGACUUUUGCCUGUGAGAGUCCUCAGAUUGAAAUCAUUACUAUGCAUUUUUAUUUUGUUAUUGACUAAAAGCACAGAUGCAUUUUGUACCAAACUAAAUGUUAGCACUUAGCCAGUGAGACGUGGGAACCACCAGUGAAGUGCAAGGCAAUGUGAGCACCGUGUAGCGGCGACUCCAGGUUUAGCAACACUUCAGUUUCAUCGAGGGCGAGUGUUUUGACUGGUGGACGUUCCCCUGAGGUCAGUUUUGUGUCCAACUAAAGUCUCUUUGUGUUUCUAGACAAAACCAAAUCUAAUAUUUUGUAGUCAUUACACAUUGAUUUUAUUUUGAGUUUUUAUUACCAUUUCUGGGCAGCGGACGGGAUGUUUAACGGUAAUCAGUUUACAUGUGUAUUUUUUAUACAUUAAUGAAUGAGUUGCUAUGAUUUUGUAAUUAGAUUAUUAGUAUCCUGUGUUGUUUUUUUUUUUUUCUGGCCCUUGUGGCUGUGCCAUUCGACAGCUCAGAUGAGGCAGCGUGGCUCCGCUCCGGGGCCUCUCUCUGAUUGUGUCAGCAGGCUUCUUUCUGUGGUUUCCCGUCUGUUUUCUAGUUCGUGCCGUUUUGUCUCAUCUGUUAUUUGUUAGCGUCUCACAAUGCGCGUCGUGUUUCCCGCUUUCCCAUUCAGUGGCUGUGCCGGGCCGGAGGAAGCCUUUUUGUAGUCGGACGUGCCAAUGUACAUAACUAGCCUUCAGCAGGGAGAGACUUUGUUGAGAACACUAAUAUUUUGUUGUGUCCUCGCGAUCCCGAUAGGAGCCGUGUCGCACAAAGGACCAGUGUAUUCACGGCCAAGUCGGGUCCGUAUCAGCAGUUUUGCAAGAGACAAAUCGGGAACCAGAUUCCACAGAAGCGCUGUGAGGAUCUGAGAUGAAAACAAACAAAAGAUCUGGAGUCCUGGUGUCCGUUCACCUCCAUCUCAGCAAUUCAGUAGAACCUGAAGCAACAGCCGUCCUCAUAGAGAAGCGGACCCGUUCCAUUCACAAGCAUUCCCAUUAAGGUCUUCUGUUUAUGUUCACUUUUCGCCACCUGCCACCGUCCGUCAUAUCUAAUUUGAGCCGUUGUCAAUGUGGUUGUGUAGUUUGCUAGUAAACUAUACUGAUACUGACAUGGUUGACACCAACCAGGUAAUUGUGCUUUUAUUUAGGGACGUGUCUUGUGUAACUCCCCCGCUCCCCCCCCGUCUGCCUCCUGUUGACUGAUCAGCGGAGGCAAACGAAAAGCUUUGAAAAAGACUUAGACGUGAAAAGUGAAGGUGAUUCUUUAUGCUGAAGGGAAACCUGGGGCCCCUUCGCCCCCUCUUAUCAUGGUACUACAGCCAAACCUUUGAGCACUGAUUGUCCCAGUGCCGUGACUCGUGUUCCUGCCUAGCAGACAUUUGUUUUCAUCCAUUACCGUGUUUGGGUGAGUGUGUGAGGGCAGUAGAGGUUCUUGUCUUUAUCAAGUGAAUGUCGUUAAAAAAAUAUAUUUUUUAUUUUUUUGCAGAUAAGUGAAGGGACUCAUAAGUCAUAAAGUUUACUGCCAGCUUGUCUUUGCUCUCAGUAGGAUCAUUUUCACAAAGUGCCAAAAAGGAUUUCAUUUGGAGUCUCUGUACUGCAAUCAAAUGGUACAUUUAUAAUAAAUGUAAACCACUAAGGGAAUUAUGUAAUGCUUUUGUAUGUUUUCAGAUUAUACAACCAUCUUUGUGUGCGAGAAAGGUACAAAAGGACUUUGUGUAUAAACCUUGCCGUGUGGCCAAAGCUCUGUUCACUGUGGCAUCUGUUGAUGCCUUGUUGUCAUUGUUGUUAACAGUAUUAUAGUACAGAUAUAAACAAGAAGUUUUGGAGCAACUGUCAAGCAGGCAAAAAAAAAUGUUUGCUCAAACAUUCAAAUUAUAUUAUGAAGAUAAUAAAUGUAUAAACAAA